ACUAUUCUCCAUGGAACUAUCUGUUUUUAGUAUCUGGAUAAUUGGUUAUUAGGAUUGUCAACCAAAAAAUCUUAAAUUUAUCUAUUUAAAUUUCUAAAAUCGCCAAUUUUUUAUAUUAAAAACGAGUAGCAUAAACUCUACACUGUCAUACUGUCAGCUGUGCAUUAUAUACAACACUGCUAAUUAACUCCUGUACCCCAAAUACCCCCAAAAAUCGAUAAGGCACUGCAAUGGGGAAAGAAGUUGUGAAAAUAUUUAAUAUGAAGUGGUAAAAGUUUAGAAUUCUGGAAAAUAGUUAGAAAUAUAAUUAUCAUGUGUAGGGCAGGGUUCCCUUAUAUAUAUAUAUUAGUAUUUGUUUAUUUAGUAGUAAGUUGUCACGCCUCAAUUGGUGAUCGCACGCAAUUUUUUCACAAUUGUCGACAAAACUGUGAGCGACAAAAUUGCAGUGCUGAUGGCAUUGAAAUUCAGGAACAAGCGAUAAAGUAUUAUCAGCAGUCAAUUUUUGAUAAGGCGUUUGCUUGGAAUUGUGCAGAUGAAUGCCAGUAUGGUUGUAUGUGGCGCACAGUGGAUGCAUUUGCUGAACGUGGUUGGGAUGUGCCGCAAUUCUAUGGAAAGUGGCCAUUUGUACGCUUUCUUGGCAUGCAGGAGCCGGCGUCAGUUUUAUUCUCCAUACUCAAUUUGAUUGCACAUAUUCGCUGGCUGCGACGCUUUCGAACUGAAGUUCGUCCGGAUAGCCCGUGUUAUAAGUUGUGGCAUAUUUUCUCAUUUAUAUGUAUUAAUGGUUGGAUAUGGUCUGCCGUUUUUCAUACGCGAGACUUUCCUGUGACAGAGUUGAUGGAUUAUGCUUUCGCAUAUAGCAUCGUAUUGGUAUCCCUUUAUUGCAUGAUUAUGCGAAUGUUACACCGCCGCUCAAUAAUACUGCGCGGCCUGAUUUCGUUAAUAUUUCUGUCGUUUUUCGUCAAUUACUUUGCGUACCUGAGCUUAGGAAAAUUUAGUUACUCUCUUAAUAUGACAACAAAUAUGAUUACUGGCGCUUUAUCUGCCCUUGGCUGGCUGGUUUGGUCCUACUUGGAACGUCAUCGGCGCCCGAAUUAUCGAAAAAUUAUACGCUUCUACAUUCUUUUCGGCAUGUCCAUGAGCCUGGAGCUGCUGGAUUUUCCACCAAUUUUGUGGUUAUUAGAUGCACAUGCAUUGUGGCAUUUGGCCACAGUUCCCGUCAUAUCGGUGUUCUAUGAUUUUAUAAUCGAUGAUUGCCGCCUGCUGAGGAAGGAAAAGCAAUAUGAUGAUGAAAAGUAUCGCAAACACAUCUGAAGAGCUCAUACUAAGUAAAAUAACUUCCAAACAUUUGCUUGUUUUUUUUAGCUAAUUUUAUUUUACAAACUUAAGGAUCAAAGCUGUAAAGUA